CAAUCUUCUCUUUUGGAUAUGACGCAGAUUUGAUAUUCAAACAAAGAUGUUCAAAAGAGAAGUGACUUUUGAAGGCAUGGACUGCCUUGCAGAUGAAAUGCUGUCAAAGUAUUCUCAUGCGAAGAUGCAAUCCCAAGCUGAAGUUCCAUGGACUUAUCAACCGGUUUAUGGAAAGUAUACGGUUUACUUCGGAGUGGUUAUAAUAUUCAUUGCGUUUGUUAAACACUUAUGUUUUUUGUGUAUCGAUAGAAGAACAUUAAAGAAUCAAAACUCUAAAGGAACUGGUUUCUUGGGUUCGUUGUUUUACACGUUGAUAUCGUAUUCUCGUUAUAUUGCCUAUCAACAGGUCCCUGCUAAAGUGAGUUAUUUCACUUCUCUCCCACCAUCGGUGGGGUCAUCGUUAUUUAUGGUUGUUUCUUCUCUUUAUUUAUUUUGUUAUUGCUUGGUUCCUCAUUAUUGGUACAGAGGUUGUAGUGGAUUCGGAUCACCACCUUUAGCAGUAAGGGCAGGAAUUAUGGCCACUGCUUUAACUCCGUUCAUUUAUGUUUUAUCGGGGAAAUCAAACAUGAUUAGUCUUUUGACCGGUAUAAGCUAUGAAAAAUUGAAUUCAACCCACCAAUACGUUGGAGUGGCUGCUUUCAUUCUUUCCAUCAUUCAUACCAUUCCAUUCAUAUAUCAGCCUUUGCAAGAGGGUGGGACUGCUGCUUUGAAAGCCGCUUAUAAUGACAGCACUUAUUAUAUGAGUGGUAUCCCUCCUUUAGUCCUAUUAGCCUGGCUUUGUAUGGCAUCAAAAAAAUGGGUUAGAGAUCGCUGCUAUGAAGCCUUCUUACAUUUGCAUUGGCUUUGUGGGAUUGCUUAUUUCGGUACUUUGAUUUGGCAUAUCAACAAGUCCUUGGAUAUGCAAGAUUAUAUGUGGGGGGCAUUAGCCUUUUGGGCAACCCAGUUGAUUUAUAGAAUGUUGGUUAAAACCACUUUCAAACCAAAUUCAUUAUUUUUAAGAUCCAGAAAAGGGGACUUACAAAAAUUAGACCACAACUCUUACCAAAUCACCAUUGAAAAUAUUAAAGGACUUAAAUGGAAACCGGGCCAACAUUGUUAUCUUAGAUUUAUCGGAACAAGAAUGUUGGAUAACCAUCCAUUUUCGAUUUGCUCUAUUGAAAAUGAUGAACAUUUAAGGUUUAUUAUUGUACCUAGGAAAGGAUUGACCAGCCAAUUAUACCAAGAAUUAGAUCAAUACACUGCCACUUCAAAAAAAGUUUAUAUCGAUGGUCCAUAUGGCGGAACAGCCCGUAACAUUGAAUCAUUCGACAAAGUCAUGUUGUUAGCUACUGGUAGUGGUGUCAGUGCCACUCUUCCCUUUCUUCAAACUUUAGCCGAACGUAUCAAUGACGGAAUCGUUACUUCUCAGAUUGAUUUCGUAUGGAUAGUACGGGACGCUUCAAAUAUCAACUGGAUCAAAGACCAGUUGAAAAGGUGUACUGACAUAGCAAAGGAUUAUGUUAAGGUAGACAUUUACGUUACUCAUGGGUCAAAUGUUGAAAAAACCACCGUCGAUGCAAAAAACAAUCUUUCCGAUGACCAAUUGGAAAAAUCAAUGGAAAUCAGCAGUGAAAUCUCUGAUUUCUCCAAUAUCAACGUCCACUAUUUCAAACCUGAUGUCAAAAUCAUCAUGAGAAAACUCUAUCCGACUUUGAAACGAAGAAACAUGAUUGUUUCUUCUGGAAGUGGAUCGAUGAAAUCAACGGUUAGUCAAUUUGCAUCUUCUUUUCAAACAAAAAUAUUCAAUAGCGACUUGCGCAAUGAAUACGUGGAAGAAGUUUACUUACACACCGAGUCCUUUGGCUGGUAAUUAGAUAUCCCAUAUGUAUUUCUGUAAAAUAGAAGAUUAAUUAUUGACUCUUGAUGUAGUAUGAUGAAAUGUAC